AUGGACUACUUCUCUAUUAAACAAGGAUUUUAUACCGGUAAUUUCAAGCAGUCGUUGCAGGCCAUUGCCAAACACAACAAAGUUGAAGAUGAGACGCUCGAGUACUAUCGUUUGAGAAACCUUCUUGCGUUAAAACAGUAUCAAAAGACGGAUUCGGCACUUGGUGCAGUUUUCGAUGCUUAUGCAGAGUUUUUGAAGUCUGGCGAUCUUGCUACAGUGGCAGAAAUCGCGCAGAAUCACAAGUCGCCUUUCGCACAGAAUCUGCUUGCGUGCGCUCAAGGUCUACAUGGCGACUUUGAAGACGCUCUCAAGACGUGUCAAACAGAGAUUGACGAAGAUGAAGGCACUGGGAUCUCAGAGCUUGUUUUGCUAGCAGUUCAACUAGCAAUUCUGGCCGGUCAAUCCUCAACUGCGGAAGAGAUCUACCGCAAUUACAUGGCCGCUCACGAAGACCUCACAAGUGAUGACGAAAUUGUACUCAAUUUUUGCGAAUCCUAUCUCCACUUCGCUCGUGGCGAAGAAACUACGGGGUCUAAUUUCUAUUUUUAUGAAGAGCUGUGUCAAACCUCCCCAAGCUGGAAAACCCAGUUAGGACUUUUAACUCUGCAGUUGCAACAGUCAAACAUUCCUGAAGCUCGCGCUAUCGUCGAUCUUCUUGAAUCUGAGUUUUACCAAAACCAGAAGGAAAGUGCAGACGCAUUUCUACCGGACUUGCUCGCUAACAAAAUUACUUUGGGUGUUAUGGAAGGAAAUAACGUAGACCAACUACGCACUCAACUCGCAGACGUCGAUGCAGGGCAUCAAUUUUGCAAGGAUCAUAAAGCCAAUUCGUUAAAGCUCGACCAGAUAAUUGCCAAGUACAAGUAA